AUGGCUAUCUACUACGAACCCUUGUCUCUCAUUCUUGCAACCCUCCUUCUUUCUAGCAUUUCCCUGAUUUCUUUGAGUGAAGCAACCAAGAACGGUGGCGUAACCAUUGAUUUAAUCCAUCGUGAGUCCCCUCUUUCGCCUUCCUACGAUGCUUCCACCACGCAUUUUGAGCGUCUGAGGAGUUUGUUUCGUCGCUCAAUUUCACGUUAUUAUGCUCUUAGGUCAGCUUCUUUUAAGUCAACCUCAAAGUCACCUGACUCGUUUGAAGCUACCCUAACUCCCAUUGGUGGGGAAUACCUAAUUAAAAUCAAUAUUGGGACCCCACCAGUUGAAAUACUUGCGAUUGCUGACACGGGUAGUGAUUUGACAUGGACGCAGUGCGUGCCAUGCACACAAUGCUACAAGCAAAAUGCCCCACUUUUCGACCCCACAAAAACCACAUCUUAUAGAAGUGUUUCAUGUACAUCCCAACAAUGCCAAUCCCUGGGAGUUGGGAGUUCGUCCUGUGACAAAUCAAAUCGUUGUCUCUACCAAGUUAGUUAUGGGGAUAAUUCUUACAGCAACGGUGACCUAGCUGUGGAAACAUUCACUUUUGAUUCCUCCACUUCCAAAGAAAGUGUAGCAUUCCCCAAAGUUGUGUUUGGUUGCGGGCACAAUAACGACGGGACUUUCAAUGAGACAGGCUCUGGGAUCGUUGGUCUUGGUGGUGGCGCUGUCUCAAUAGUGAAACAACUAGAGACGGCCAUCGGCGGAAAAUUCUCAUACUGUCUCACAACCCUGGACUCAGAAUCCUCUAGCAAGAUAAAUUUUGGACCUAAUGCUAUCGUGACGGGGCCUAACGUCUCAUCCACCCCUAUAGUACAGAAAUCGCCUGAUACGUUCUAUUAUCUUACAUUAGAGGGUGUUAGUGUUGGGAAUAAGGCUUCGGCAUACAAUUACAUUUCCAACUCCAAUUCCGGGGCAACGGUUGAAGAAGGCAACAUAAUCAUUGACUCUGGAACAACAUUAACAUUUCUUCCUAGUUCCCUUUACGAAGGAUUGGAAUCCACAUUGGAGAAAUCGAUUAGUGGUAAUCGUGUGUCUGAUCCUCAAGGGUUAUUUGGAUUGUGCUACGAGCUACCUAGCAAUGGAGAAUUUAACGCCCCACCAAUAAUAGCACAUUUCACAGGGGCAGAUGUGGAAUUGACACAAGAGAGCACCUUUCUAGAGGUGGAGAAAGGGGUGGUAUGUUUGACUUUUGUAACCUCACAAGAUUUGGCCAUUUUUGGUAAUUUACAUCAAAUGAAUUUUCUAAUUGGAUAUGAUCUUAAGAAUCAGAAGGUGAGAUUCUUGCCAACCGAUUGCAGCAAGACCAAGUGA